AUGACAUAUGACCUACAUGGCGAGUGGGACAGACGAAAUGCUAUUGGCUAUACAGCUCCGGACUGUCCCUUUACCACAGGAGAUACCUCCGGACCUUGUACUCAUACCAGUGGUUACCUAGCAUACUACGAGAUACAGGAUCUGCUGGAUAAAAAUCCUCAGAUUACUCCUGCUCAUGGCAAGGAGGCCGCAUUUCUGCAUUUCACAUAUGACAAGGACCAAUGGAUCUCGUACGACGACAAAACAACAUUUAAGCAAAAGCUUGACUGGGCUAGAAGCGUCGGCCUUGGUGGUUCCUUGAUCUGGGCAUCUGACCAAGGUUAA